CUCUCUAUCUCUCUCCAUCAAUCAAAACCCUUGCAUGGUUUUCCUCCUCUCUCUGCCUGUGAAUUGGGAUUUACAACACAAAUACCUUUUCAUGACUCUUCUUCUUACUCUCAAUCUCAUCACCACCUUCUUGACACCCACCUCCUUCAGCUUCAAAGCAAAAGAAACCAAGUGAAGGAUUUCAAGAUUGACCAGUGAAACAGUGGACCCAGUUUCUUGUUAAUGGCUGCCAUGGAAGAUGAGAUGGUGUUUCAGGAUUCCAACAUCACAGCUUUGUUGAGUUCUGCUUCUUCUUCUCAAGUUCUUGAUUCUCUCUGGAUUCCCACCUCUUCUUCUACCUCUUUUCAUGGAGAAGCCAACACAGCAACAAGAGUGAAGCCGGAUAAGCCGCUCGAAAAGGGAUCAAGCCACGACGAAGACUACGAAAACUGCUACAGUCAGCCGGAGAAGAAACGGCGGCUUAUGGCUGAACAAGUUCAGUUUCUUGAGAAGAGUUUUGAGGUGGAGAAUAAGCUCGAGCCAGAAAGGAAAAUUCAGCUUGCAAAAGAGCUGAAUUUGCAGCCGAGGCAGGUUGCAAUCUGGUUUCAGAAUCGUCGAGCUCGAUACAAAACUAAGCAGCUUGAAAAAGACUAUGAUUUCUUGAAAUCGAGCUACGAUCGGCUUCAAUUGGAGUUUGAUUCCCUCCAACAAGACAAUGAGAAGCUAAAGAAUGAGGUUCAAAUUCUGAAUGAAAAGUUGGUUCAAAGAGAGAAAGCAAAACAAGAUUCAUUGGCAUGUGGGUUUCCCACAAUGGAAUUGGAAUCACAUGCUGGGAAACCAAUUCCAAUUCCAAUUCCAAUUCCAAAUCUAACUCAAAAUGGGACCAAUGUAGCAGACAUGGUGAUAUGCAAGCACGAAGAUGCGAAUUCUGUUUCGGUUUCGGCCAAGAGCGACGUGAUAAACAGCCCACAUCAAGAUUCAUGUAAUCUGUUGGAAAACCAAUCUGAUUUCUCACAAGAUGAAGAAGAUAACUUGAGCCGGAACAUUCUUCGGUUUCCGAAGUCGGAAUACGAGCCGUAUUUCGACUUGACCGAAGGCUGUCUUGAAUACCCUCUUGAAGAUCAAAGCCUUUGGCUCUGGCCUUAAUUUUGAAAUCUUGAUUUGAGAUCAGAACUCAUAUUGCAGUUCUAAGUAGUCAUCAGUCUUGUUGCAAACUAUACUUAGAUGUCAAUAAUAUAACCCUCUUUUAUAAUCA